GCUUUUCUUUUGUCAUUUCUGGCUGCUGGAAAAAUACAUUUCAACAACACAAGGAAAAAAAUAAUCCUGUGCAUUAACACAUAUUGAUACGCAUCGGUCGUAUUCUUUGGCGAAAACGAAGCCGUUAUCAAACAUUUUUGGCAGCCCGCGAUCGUCAAACAGCAAAAUGAAUGUGGCGGAAAAGUUUAGCGUAGUGGACGUGUACGAUUUAGCGUUGGAAAUUGGGAAAGAGUUUGAAACAAUCAUCGAUGCAAAUGGAGUAAACGCAGUGUCUGGGCUGAUUACGAAAGUGGUCAACGCGCUGGAGCUGAUGGAAACGUUGAUCUGCCAGAAUGAAAGCGAAAAUGGCAACCUGCAAGAGCUGCAGGAGAAAAUUGCCCAGCUGGAGGCCGAAAAGGAGCAGAAGGCUGCGUCGCGUUCGCGAUACGAAAAGGAACUGGAAGCGAUUGAAGAUCAAUGGCGCACCGAGGCGAAGGAGCUGUUUCAGGUGAUCGAUAAGCUGCAGGAAGAAAACCGUAAACUGCAGCGAGGAAUUGCCCAGUCGGCAAGUGAAAGCACUAAUCAGAGCGACGAACGCUCUCGGAACGGUGGCACGAACGGUGGCUUUCCCAACGAUUCCGAUGCGCUAGAGCCGGAGGCGGACAGUGUGUUAAAAAAAUCGGAACACAAAAUUAAGCUCUCCCAGCUGGAGGAAAAGCUGAAGCGCAAAGAGAUGGAACUGUGCGAGAAGAUGGCCGAAAUCGAAAGCUUGUCCAGCCAAAAUGAUCGCUUGAAGAAGGUGGUAAGUGAAAGCCGCAGGCGGCAGAAGCUUUCGCACAAUCAGAUCAUUACGCUGUGCGAGGAACGGGCCGACUUUCUGGCCCAGAUACAAGACCAGCAUCACGAGAUCAAGGCACUGCGGAUGCAGCUCGGACUGGCCGAAAAGGAAAACGAAGACUUGGCGAACCGGGUUAACGACGACGAACGGCCGCGGUUCUCGACGGUCGAGCUGAAGGAGAUGCUGACCGAUCGAAAUGAGUUGAAAGCUCGCGUGAGCGAUUUAGAGCAGGAGCUGAUGACGUGCCAGGCCAUAGGCACGGGCACAGAGAACGACCACAGCAAACCAAACGCAUUGGCCAAAGAACCCAGCAAUGAGGGACCCGCGGCCGAUUUCAGCGACCUCCCGGUGCAAGGUCCACUCCCUUACGAGCCGGAAGAUGCACCGUGGAAGAAGAGCAGCGAAAGUGGCAUAAGAAAGUUCUUCCGCAAAUUGUUCAAUGAAACUUCUUCCGAUUGUUCGAGCUUCUCGCAACGCUCGCUAUCGACCCUCUCGAAAAUGGCGCUGUCAUCGGGACCGCACAGUGAUAUACCGAUCUAAAUGGUAAGCGCAGCACAAUGUGACUCGGAAAGGGAGGAAAACCCGAACCAACAACGAUCAUGGAAUAACAGGCAAGGAAUCACGCGUACUAUACACGCCGACAGAGCGCUUACCCAAGCCGUUGGCGGUUUUAUCGAUUAGAUUUACCAAGUUUUGAUAAACAGUCACGCGGUACAAAAACACGUGCGUACGAAAUAUCCGUUUUAUUGCCAUAGCGCAUAUUAUUGUUAGCAAGGUAUAUAGCGUCUUGUUUGUUUGUUUGUUUUACAAAACACCGAUCCAGUUCGUAGACAUGGUUGAAAAACGUUGUGUUUUCGGAUAGCAGCAGUGCUGUUACCCCAAAACAGUUUAGUAUAGUUCUACCGAACAGUGAAUGUUCAAACUUCUUCCGAUCAAUAUCGCUCUCUCCCUCUCACUCUCUAGUAGUAGCGCAGUGCAUGCAGUACAGUUGUCUUCGCAUAGCUAAUCUAUCGUUGUUUUGAGUAGCAAAAAAGAUAUUUCACUCUAGAGACGGUAAAUGGAAACAAAAACACAAGACAACAUUAACAAGACUUUUAAAGGGAUAACAUUAACGAAACGACAUAUGUAGCAGCAGUAUGUAUGGACCCAACAUUUCCAACUCUUCCAUUACUAUUAGCGAUUUAACGGGUUAUCUAUCCCCAGGAGGGCUAGCUGAGUGGGAAGAAAUGGUUAUGAGGUAUAGGAAAGGAAACAAUAUUUAACUGGUUCUAGUCAUCAUCCACCAAGCGCAAACAAAAAGCCAAGGAAGCCAAGUUGUUAGAUCUUAGACAAGAGACAUUCCAUUCCAUUCCAUUCCAUUGACCUCUAUUUUAGCAUGGGGAUGGACUUUAAGGGUUUUAGUUGAUACAUUCCUCUGUCAAGACUGUCAAGCUAAGUUGAGUUUCAAACUCUGAAGACGAAAGUGGUGCAAUUUACAUAGAUUGGGAACAGGUUAAAGGUAGUAUGUAUGCGUAUGUGCAUCAGGGGGGGGGGG